GACGGCGCGCCAUCUUUUUUUCCUCACAAACACUUUUUUCUGCUCCUGCUUUGUGGGUGUGCUCUUUGGAAAACCAAGGAGAAUUCACUUGGAAUAGCAUCAAAACAAACUGAAAAAUUGACUUUGGACAAGUCCAGUGGUACACCGAAUACCAAAUAUCCAUUACAGAACCGGAGGAGCAGACACAUACAUAUUCAUACAUAAUGCCACGCUACCGCGAAUGGGAUUUGGCCUGCAAAGUUUACGUGGGCAAUCUGGGAUCCUCGGCCUCCAAAUACGAGAUUGAGAACGCCUUUAGCAAAUACGGACCCUUGCGCAACGUCUGGGUGGCCCGCAAUCCGCCCGGUUUCGCCUUCGUCGAGUUCGAGGAUCGUCGCGACGCUGAGGAUGCGACCCGUGGCCUCGACGGCACCCGCUGCUGUGGCACCCGCAUCCGUGUCGAAAUGUCAUCGGGCCGUUCACGUGAGGGUCGCGGCGGUGGCGGAGGAGGCGGCGGCGGUGGAGGAGGUGGAUCCGGUGGCGGUGGCCGCGGCGGUGGCAGUGGCGCCCGUGCUGGAGGCGGUGGAAGGGCUGGCGAUGGCGGCGGUCGCUAUAGAUCCCGCUCACCCCGCCGCUCGAGGACACGCAGCCGCAGCUUUUCGAGGGAUCGUCGCAGUCGCUCCGACUCCAGGGACCGCCAUUAGAUGAGGAUAGUAGUGGGAUGCAGCCCAAAAUCUGGACUCCACAACACACACAUAUAUAUAUAUAUAUAUAUAUAGAGAUAUAUACAUAAAGUAGUACAGCCCCAGAGUUGAGGACAAAAAGGAUCUGUUUUGCCAGACGAGAAAUGGCUCCACAGAUUCCUUAAGUUUGACUCAAUAAGUUCGACACCCCCCUCCCAUAUAAUCCCCCCCCCCCCCACAGAGAAAAAAAACCAAAAAAAAAAAAAAGGUAUCGAGCAACUUCACAAAAGACCACCACACAACCCAGCCAUCUCCGAUCCGAAUGGAUCGCUAGUAUAGCCACAGUACAACUACGGUACACAUUGGUUUUUAGGCCUUAAGACUUCGGUAGAUUUUAAUUCAGAAAGUAAAAAGAAAGUAAUUAAUGCCAGCGCAACUACAACAACAACACACACAAUGAGUGAGGCAUCCGAUGAACAAUGGAUGUCAAAGGUAAAUUCUAUUCUAUGUCCGCGAACCCAAAAUUAUUUAUUUACUUGGUUUUUCUCCGAAUCUGUCGCAACACAAAAUAUGUCAAGAGAAAAGUGAAAAAAGGUACUAUAUGCGAUUGUUUGGCGUAAGUGCAAGUAGUUAAUUAAGUCGUGAAAUGAGAAUCAAUAAAUUGAACAUAAUUUAAAACCGAAAA